ACUCUCACGGACUAUCAAUUUGUAGACAAAAAUGCACAUGGAUUAUUCUUGGCACUAAGAGACCUUUAUACUGUAUUGUGAUUGGCUGACAACAUGCCUGAAUGUGUUAUUUGUAACAGUCAAACUUUCGAUGUGAUGGACGGAAUGUAUUUUUGUACCCAAUGUGGCACCCAAUCACAGGAUGUCAGAGAGGAAGUUCAUGAGGUUGAUCGUAAUGAACCUAUUGAUGGAAAACUAAGUCUGAAGAAAACUAACAAAAGACAAAGGAAAGUGUUCGACUGUGGAAAACCUUGGUUUACUUUGGAAGGAUUUCAAGUUGUCUUAAAGGCACAAAUUGAAUUUCUAAUGAAAAUUGGUGUAGAUCCUGCUAUAAAGAAUAUCAUUGGUCAGAUGUGGUUCACUUUCGUGGAAAAAUCAACGAAUGCAUUUGGUACACGGCAGAACCAAAAUUUUUCUGGAGUGACAAGGGCUCGGGACUUCAUAAGUGAAGAUUUUAUACCAACCGAUUCGAUUCCUCGCAAAACACCAAAAUGUUUUGGAGGUGAAUCAAACAUUGACGAUGAUGCUUUGGAGUUGAGCUCUGAAAUCGCGAGAGAAGAUUUUUAUGAAGAUGAUGACCCUACCGGGGGAUUGUUUGAAGACGUUGAUGAGAUCGAAAAUAUCGAUGCGGGUAGCCACGUUGGAUCUGUGGAUGUUCAUCGAACCACAGUUCAAAGAUCGCGUAAAAAAUACUACGAUGUACGAUUCAUGACCAUGCAGCACACGGUGGCAUUUUGCUUCCUGUCGUUGCUGUGGAUAAAAGAACCAAUAUGCCUGGCCGAUCUGAUAAGAUGGGCGGUUGAGGGACAUUUUCCUUACUUUGAUGCAACAAAACACUUUCCAAGUCACAUGAAGCUAUCCCAGUCUGACAUUAUGAUGUUCACAAGAUCGACUGUGCCGAACAAGAAUAACAUCACGUUACUUGCCAGAAGAGUGAAAACAUUCAUAGACCUUCCAGAUAUACCCAAGCAUGAAAUCAAUAUAUACAUUGCAAGAUUCGCUAUCGACCUUCAGCUUCCGGCUUGCAUCCACCGUUACAUAAGUAGCGUUGUCGAAAUCAUCGACUUGAAUUUUGAAUCGUUAAGUGGUCUUCUCAACUACGACGAUUUGGCAAUGGCUUAUAUCAUCAUCUCCCUGAGGUUGAUCUACGGUUUAGACGACUUCACGGAACACGAGCUGUCAAAGCUAACGACAGACGUGGAAGAAGACGGGAAAACGUACUUUCCAACCUGGGACGAUGUUAUUGAAACCAUCCAUACGUCUCAUUCCUUGCGUCUUGAACGCGGUGUGCCAUGGAGCAAGGAAGAUUUAGGGAAACUCAAAGACUGUCGAAACUACAGCAAAUUCUGCAAAGAGAAACUGUUCGGCGCGUGGAAGCCUGAGAGCACUGUUCAUCGCUAUCAACGGCAGGUUAAGGGUGUCAAAGGUUUAAACGUAAAAAAGCAGGAAGAAUAUGCUAGUACGUUUAGUCUGUUCUUGAAGACAGACGAAAACGACGAGAUUAGUGAGAGGGAAAGUGUAAAUAGUUUUCCGUUUUUGUCUGCUAAAAUGUACAAAAAUAACCGUGAAGCAUCGAUGGAAAGCACAAUUGAGGAUAGUACUCGACCUAAAGGAAUACGUUCGGACAUAUUAUCUGAUUAUUAUAAGAGAAGAUCUGAAACAAUUCAGCAGGAAUCCAGCAACGAAGUACACAAAAAUCGUUACAUUCUUUAUGACUUUCCCGUGACAAUCGACCGUCAAUGGGAAAUAUCACGUACGAGAUGGUGGAACGACGCUGUUUUGUCAAAAUCUUUAAGGCAACUUGUUGAAUUGUGUUCGAAGAUGAUUUACUGCGAACCCACGCUGCUGUUCAACGACAUUCGAAUGUUAGAAACAAAGAUGUUUAAAGAAAUUGGUGAAUGAGAGUUUGUAUAACCGGAACAUGAGACUUGGAGUGAGAGAAAUAAAGGGAAAAUAAUGUGGAAACAUUUCAAAUUGUAAUGAUCACGGACAGACCACGUGAAUCGCCAUAAAUCUGUAGAAUAUCUGUUAUUAUUCUUUAGAAACAUGUCUCAUAAUAAAAUGUUU